UCACUAAGUACUUGCUCAUAGUUGUUGUCUGAUAAGAGUCUUUACAAUAUAAAACAAAGCAGAAGAUUUGGUGAUAUAUUAGUAACCUGAAUUUAAUUGAACUGUUUUUUAGGACGUCUGCUUGGAUUUGUAAUUUUUUCAGGUAUCAUCACAUUUGUUUGAUCAUCACAGGUCAUCAUGGCAACAACGAAAUAUGAGAGCAUCAUCUUCAAGGGUGAUCAGAAAUCUGAUGGACCUCCUGCUGUCUAUCAGCUGAGACCAAAGAAACAGAAGUUUGGAUCUCUGACAAGAAUCACUGUUGGAGAAAAGAAUCCAAACAACACAAACAGAACCAUCUUACUGGUGGGAGAAACAGGAGCCGGAAAAUCUACACUGAUCAACGCUCUGCUCAACUACACUAUGGGAGUGAAGUGGGAGGAUAGAGUCUGGUUUACGAUGGUAGAGGAGGAGAAAAAAAGUCAAUCAGAAGGUCAGACAGAAAGUCAGACAUCAGAUGUGAUCGUGUACGAGAUCUUUGGUUUUGAAGAUGAAACUCUGCCCUACUCUCUGACCAUCAUCGAUACUCCUGGUUAUAGAGACACCAGAGGGAUUGAACAUGAUGACAUCAUCAGUCAUAGAUUGUUGGACCUGUUUGGAUCAGAUGAUGGAGUCCAUGAACUUCAUGCAGUGGGUUUGGUCAUGAAGGCGAGUGUGAAUCGAUUGUGUGACCGACUGAAGUAUGUCUUUGAUUCAGUGAUGUCUCUGUUUGGAAAAAACUUGGAGAAAAACAUUGUAGCUCUGAUCACACACUCAGAUGGAAGAAGACCUGAAAAUGUUUUUAAAGCUCUUGAAAAUGAAAAAAUUAAAUGUGCCAAAAAUAAGCAGAAUAAGCCAUCUUACUUCCUGUUUAAUAACUGCCAGCUUGAAGAUGAGGAAGAAGAAUUUCUGAAACUAAAUUUUGAAAGAUCAGAGAGAGGAAUGAGAGAGUUCACAGUCUUCCUGAAAGAAUCUACACCUUUGAAGCCAGCGGCAACACCUGAAGUGUUAAAAGAAAGUAUCAGACUGACAGCCUGCAUCCAAAACCUGCAAGAAAGAAUCAAAUUCACUGAAGUGAAACAAAGAGAGAUGAAACAAAGUCAGGAAGCUCUGGAGAAACAUGACAACAUGAGGACUGAAGAGGUCACUCCAUUUGUUGUUCAGGUUUUUAAACAUAAAGAACCUAUCAGAGCAGAUAUACGUGGGCCAGAUUUUAAAGCAGCUGUCAGCUGUAAAGUCUGUGAGGAGAACUGUCACUAUCCUGGAUGCAAGGUGCCCUUAAAUCACUGUGAGAUCUUUCAAGAUGGUCUCUGCACGUCAUGUACCAGCAAGUGUCCUGCAUCAGUGCAUGAGAAAGGAAAGUGGAGAUAUGUGACCAGGAUAAGAAAAGAUCAGAAAAAUGAACCACCAACAGAAGAGGAGGAUGUUCAUUUACUUGGAAAGGAAAUGAACCAUCUGACAGCAGAGAAGUCACAGUUCUUGGAUGCGUCCUACCAACAUGUUGUCAGACUGGAGCAGAUCGCUCUGAAAGCUGAUUCAGCAUCCACUAUUGUCCACUUGGACUUCCUGAUUGAGAAGAUGAAGCAGAAAGGAGACACAGAGAAGGUCAAGAAACUGGAGGAGAUGAAAAAGAAAGUGGAUGAAGAAGCAAAACAAGCACUGCGGAUCAGCUUGAUCUCAUCACCACAUGAAGAGAUCAUCUCAAAAAGUUUGCUCAUCAGUUCAGGACCUCCUGCUGUCUAUCAGCUGAGACCAAAGAAAGAGAAGAUUGGAACUCUAACAAGAGUCACUGUUGGAGAAAAAAAUCCAAACAACACAAACAGAACCAUCUUACUUGUGGGAGAAACAGGAGCAGGAAAAUCUACUUUGAUGAACGCUCUGCUCAACUACACUAUGGGAGUGAAGUGGGAGGAUGAAGUCUGGUUCACGAUUGUAGAGGAGAAGAACAAAAGUCAAACAGAAAGUCAGACAUCAGAUGUGAUCGUGUACGAGAUCUUUGGUUUUGAAGAUGAAACUCUGCCCUACUCUCUGACCAUCAUCGAUACUCCUGGUUAUAGAGACACCAGAGGGAUUGAACAUGAUGACAUCAUCAGUCACAGAUUAUUGGACUUGUUUGGAUCAGAUGAUGGAGUCCAUGAACUUCAUGCAGUGGGUUUGGUCAUGAAGGCGAGUGUGAAUCGAUUGUGUGACCGACUGAAGUAUGUCUUUGAUUCAGUGAUGUCUCUCUUUGGAAAAAACAUGGAGAAAAACAUUGUAGCUCUGAUCACAUACUCAAAUGGAACAAGACCUGAAAAUGCCUUUAAAGCUCUUGAAAAUGCCAAAAUUAAAUCUUCCAAAAAUGACAAAAAUCAGCCAGUUUACUUCCUGUUUGAUAACUGCCAGCAUGAAAAGCGAAUGGAGGAAAACACAAUUUCCAAAAAUACAUGGGAACUCACACAGACAAACAUGGAUCAAUUGACAGAGUUCUUUGAAAAAUCUAGUCCUAAAAAACUGCUGACAACAGUCGAAGUGUUAAAUGAACGAAUCAGACUGAAAGCCUCCAUUCAAAACCUGAAAGAGAGGAUAGAGUUUAUUGAACUGAAACAGAAAGAAAUCAGACAGAGGCAAGAAAUUAUAAAUAAACACGAAGAAGAGAUGAAGAAGAAUGAGGAAUUCACCAUAGAAGUUGAUGAGCCCUAUAAAGAUAAACAACCUAUUGAUGGUGGGAAGAGAUUGUGGGUAUUUUAUAAGGGAGCUGUCUGCUGUACAGUCUGUGAGGAGAACUGUCACUAUCCUGGAUGCACAAUGGCCUGGAAACCUGCACACUGUAAGGUCAUGAAAGGAGGCCGCUGCACUGUUUGUACUAACAAGUGCCCUGCAUCAGAUCAUGUGAAAGAAAAGUGGAGAUAUGUGACCAAAACAAGGAAGGUAAUGAAGACAAAUGAAGAAAUGAAAAAGCUGUAUGAGAAGAAUGAGCUGGGAUGUGCGUUGGAGAGGAAUCCGUUAACAGCAGCUGCUUCAUCACUGAACAAAGAAGAAAUGCAGCAGAAACAUGAAGACCAUCAAAAAGAAAGUGAGAAGAAGUGUAACCUGUUGGAAAAUCUUGAAAAGGAAAUGAUCCAACUGACAGCAGAGAAGUCACACUUCCUGGAAGAGUCCUACCAACAUGUUGUCAGACUGGAGCAGAUCGCUCUGAAAGCUGUUUCAGCAUCCACUAUUGUCCACUUGGACUUCCUCAUUGAGAAGAUGAAGCAGAAAGGAGAUACAAAGAAGGUCAAGAAACUGGAGAAGUUGAAAAGGUGAGUGA